AAUUUAUGAUAAUUUUUCUGACAAAUUUCAGAUUAAAAUAUAUACGGAAAAAAACUUUUAACGAUUUUCGUGGUAAAAUUUGACAGGACCGAUUUGGCAAUAUUGACUUUAAUUAUAGUAACAUGCACAGAGGGAGAGUCGGCCCGCGUGUUUUGUCAGCCCGUAUAUAAGUAUCGUCUGCGCGCGUGUAUGAGUGAGUGCAACACCGUGAAGCAUUUGGAGCGACCUUCCUAUCCAAAGUAGCUUCUCCGGAGGGUUCCAAGCUGGGUGAGGGUAGCCUGUGUCGGAAUGGCAGCGAAGAGCAUCGAGUCAGUUGGUGUAGAGACUCCACCAAGUGCACCCGCCUCUGUGUCUAAUGUCAGCCCGUCUCGACCUGUCAACUCACUCGGCGUGUCGUCGGAAUACACACGUUAUCCGCUAUUUUAUUCAUUUAAAUCUUGAUACGUGAAAUGUAAAAUGUCACGGCGAGACGCCGUGAGACAGAUCGAUUUGCGUUAUAAUUCAACUGUUUGAGGAAAAUUGACAAGACACGUCAACGUGCUGCAUCGUUCCUGUGUGCAAUUAAUCAUUCUAUAGAUUUUAUUCGGUAGAGUGUCUUUAAAUGUAAUUUUUGACAUUUUAAAUGACAAUUAUUACAGACUGCUAUUGGAAUUGCCAGUUUUAACAAAGUUUUUUAUUUACUUACUGGAUCUAUAUCUUCCUCACCUGCAAUGAUGUCGUACGAUUAUCCUCAUCCAGUCUCGAGAACGUAUCAAUACAAGAAGAUAACGAAGCCGCUUUUGGAGAGGAAGAGACGAGCGCGUAUAAAUCGUUGCCUCGACGAACUUAAGGAUCUCAUGGUGGACGCUUUACAGACCGAAGGCGAGAAUAUCAGCAAACUGGAGAAGGCGGACAUCCUCGAGUUGACGGUGCGUCAUCUGCAGAAGCUGCAGGCCUCGCGAUCCGCCGGAUUAUCGGCGACGAUUGCGAGCGGCGACGAAAUUUCCGCGGAGAGCCGCUGGCAAUCCGGCUUUGGGCAUUGCGCGGCGGAAGCCUGCAGAUUUCUCUCGUCGCUUCCAGGUGAAGCCGCGGAGAGGCUGGCGAGGCACCUCGCAGCUGGCCUUCAAAGCCGGCAAACGAAUUCAUCGCCGAAAGCCAAUCUGUUAUCGCCUACCCUGGUCAAUCUGGAUCGCAUCGCCAACAUCGUGGCACCUUGUCCCGUCGCCACCUCCGGCGAAAUUGACUCGGCGAUACCUUCCGCAAGCGUGUCGCCGGAGAUCAAAUCCGUGGUCCGCGCCGAUAAGACUGUCGACGAGAUCGGCGACGCGAGCGCGUCGACGACAACCGUUUCUUCUUCCACGCCUCGAUGUCGAGCCACGAUGUCGCUCGUUGACGGCGACGAGAAAUUAACAGUAAAUUGCAGCGACAAGCCGAAGAGUCUGAGGGAUCGGCGAUCAGCGGCGACGGCGACAACGACGACGAUGAUGAGGAACAAAACGAAUGACCCGCAAGACAUUAACGCCGAUGACGAUGAAGAAAUCGACGUCGAACGCGUGGACGAACGCGACCCGAUGUGGCGACCGUGGUAGCGCUCGAGCACACUUUGUAAUAAGCCGUCGAUGAGAUGCAUUCCCUAUUCAGAGACUGUCUCAAAACGUCCCGUUAUUCAUCUCAUUUAUAUAUACUUUGACGUUCUCCAAGUUGAUUUCUUCUUGAUAAAAAUGUUAAAGACUUAUAAAUGACUGAGAGUGAAGAAGCAAACAAAAUACAUAACAGAUGUUUAUUAUUUACUUAAUUGCAAGUUUAUAUUAUUUGAACGAUAUUUUAAUUUAAGGCUUAAUUAAAAAGUAGAGAGGUCUGAUGUGUAUGUUACAUAGUAAAAUGUAAUAUGAUAUUUUUUAGAUUUUGCAGUUAGGAGUUAUUGUGAAGAAUAGAGAAAAUGGGAAAAAAAUAUUAGAGAUAACAAGAGAAAAGUAAACUUCUAUUCAAAGUUAAAUUUUCACUCUCUUUAAAGUAACUCAUUUAAAUCUUAAUUCUUUAUUUUAAAUUUUACUUUUAAUAAUUUUUUAUAUUAAAAAGUAUAUAUUUAUUAUAAGUCACAAGAGAUUUAUUCGAUGAAUUUCCCUUUACGUUAAAUGCUGGUUGCAAUACAUAUACAUAUCAUGCCUAUACCAAUAGAGAAUGAUAAAGGGAUCAUCGGUAUCAUAACGUAUGUAAUAUUAGUAUUCUUACGUUAAUUUUUAUAUUACUUUGGUACUUGGCUUUAAAUCGUAGAUGAUAGUACAUAUUUUUAGAAAUUCACAUUAUUAUUUACAAAUAGAAUUGUGAUAUAUGUUAAAGCAAUUUUUUAUUGUUCGAAUAUUUUAAAAGACAAAUGACUAUAUAUAUAUAUAAAAAAAAUACUCGAUAUCUCAACAGAUUAUAUAUCUGCUACGAAUUAAACACACAAAAUAAUUAUUAUAAUUAAUAUUUUAUAUUCUAAUUAUGUUAUCUAUUACACAUCGGUUAUACCAUAAAUUUGUCAUUUAAAAUAUAUCUUUAUUAUUUUAAUGUAUGUAAGAAGAAUGUUAUAUAUAAUUAAUUUUAAAAUAUAGUUUUUUAUUUAUAUAUAAUUAUAUUAGCAAAAUAUAUUGCCGUAUAAUUAUUUACAUUAAUUUACAUUUUGAUGUUAAUAACAAAUGUAUACUUCAUGCGUGAUUAAUCUGUGAUAGCAAUAAGAAUUCAAUAUUUUGUAUUAAGUAUGGCCUGAACAAUUUUUGAUAAGACAUUUAAAUUCAGAAGAUAAUGUU